AUGAAAUCUAUAAAACAUAAAAAUAUUGUAGAAUUCAAAGACAUUUAAUAAAACAGGGAUUCAAUAAAUAUGAUAAUAGAAUAUGGAGAUUUAUAAAUGUUUAUUAAAACAAAUUAUCCAUCUAAAACAUUACCUGAAUCUAAAACCAAAUAAAUUGUACUUCAAUUACUUGAUGCCAUGAAAUACUUACGUUUAAAAAAUAUUGUCCAUCGUGAUCUCAAAUUAGCAAAUAUACUAAUAAAUGAAUAAAUGUAAAUUAAAUUAGCUGAUUUUGGUUAUUCUAAAUCUCUAAUAAAUAAUGAAUUGUUAUAAAUAUAUUGUGGUACACCUACAACAAUGGCUCCAGAAAUAUUAAAGUAAUUAUAAUUUCUAUUAAAAAAAAUUAGAAAUUCUAAAUCCUAUAAUCAUAAAUGUGAUAUAUGGUCAUUAGGAGUAAUAUUAUAUCGAAUUCUAUAUGGUUAUCCUCCAUUUGUUUCUUCGAAAGGAACAGCUCAAGACUUGCUCUUAACAAUUUAAAAUAAUAAUGUAUACUUAAUUUUUAUUACAAUAGCAUUAAUUUACAUAACAUAUCUUUUUAUCUGCAGAAUGUAAAGAUUUAUAAAAGAAAAUGUUAGUAGUAGAUUCAAAAAAUAGAAUUAAUUUUGAAGAUCUUUUUAAACAUCAAUGGUGUUAUUAAGAUAAUAUUGAUUAAGAGAAAUCUUUAUUCAAAGUUAAUCUUCCAUAACAUUAAGAUUUUCUUAAAAAUCUCAAUUAUUCUAUUAUUUUAUACUAAUAACAAUUAACUCAGAUUGUUUAAAGUAUUUCAUUUAUUGAAAAUAAAUAUUAAGAUCUAAAAUAAUUUUGUUAAAGAUUUAAGAAUUCUCUAGACAAAGCAUUUUCUACUUUUUAUCUAAAAAUCUACUAUUAAAAUUAAAUUUUUUUAAUAAAAGUUCCUUAAAUAUUAAUUAUAAAUAAGAAUUACUUGUUUUUCUUAUAAAUAUCUAUGAAAAAGCAUUAUAAAAUAAUAUCAACAUUUAAGAAUUUGUUAGCUUGA